CUCACAAAAUGCGACGUGGAAAAAAAGACCCGGAUUGUCUAUUCGCCACUAAAAUGGCGUCGUCGAAGGAAACCUAUUGCUUGUGCGGGCAGCCGUAUAAUGUUGGACAAUUUAUGAUAGAAUGUGAUUGUUGUCGUGAAUGGUUUCAUGGCAGCUGUGUGGAUGUCAAAAUAUAUCAAUCUGAUGACAUAGACAAGUACCACUGUCCAAAAUGCGCCCAAACAUACGGAUCUUCAGUGUUAAAAAUCCCAACAAACAAUCACCGGGCCGACAGGUACGAGCUCGGGGCGGAGUCAAGACCAUCACAGGUUGGCACCCCAGCAUGGGUCAGAGCGUUAGCCGCCAGGGCUCCACGACCUUCGGCUCAGGCGUUGCAGCAGAUGCGGGCUGAACAAUUCACAGAGGAGUUUGUUAGAGAUAAUGGUUUUACCAAACCGGUAAUAUUUCAUUCACCGGAAGGUCUAGAUAUGAAAAUGCCAAAUCCUAGUACGUUUACAGUAAGAUCGGUCCUUAGGUUCUGUGGAGCACAAUUAGAAGUGGAAGUCAUAGACGUAAGGAAACAGUCGACGCAGAGGAUGUCGUUGGCAGAUUUCGUUGACUAUUUCGAGACUCCGCCCGAGCACCGAGACGAGAAGGUCCUGAACGUACUGAGCCUAGAGUUUUCUGAAACAAAACUGUCGGGGCUGGUGAACCCGCCCCACGUGAUCACCCGGCUGGACUGGGCGAGCCGCGCCGUGCCGCCGCACGAGGUGCUGCGCCCCGCCGUGCAGAAGUACUGCCUGGUGUCCGCGGCCGGCUCCUACACGGACUUCCACGUGGACUUCGGCGGCACCACGGUCUGGUACCAUGUGCUGCACGGACGGAAGAUAUUCUAUUUGAUACCACCGACCACCACGAACCUGGCGCUGUACCAACAGUGGUGCUCGUCGAACAAUCACAACGAAAGGUUCUUCGGUGACAUGGUGGAAUGGUACGGCACGGUGGAGGUGUCUGCGGGACAGACCCUGUUCAUCCCGAGCGGCUGGGUGCACGCCGUGCUCACGCCCUGCGACUCCCUCGUCUUCGGCGGGAACCUGCUGCACUCCUAUGCGAUCGAGAUGCAGCUGCAGAUUUAUGAGAUUGAAAAAAGAGUGGAAACUCCCACGUUGCUUCGUUAUCCGCUGUUCGAGGCGAUGCACUGGUACGCCGGUGCUCAUCUACUCACCAUGCUCAGGAGACACAACGAGGAGAUUCAGGACGAAGACUUUAUUAUAAGCGAGAGCUGCGUCCAGAGCGCGCCGGCCCAGCUGCCGCCCCUGCUGCUGCGCGGCAUCAAGAUACUGGCCAACGCUUUGAAGGAAUGGCACGCUCUUAAAAGUACGGACACCUCAAAACGUGACAACGUCCCAAAACGAUUGAACUCUGGACAGCUAGUACGAGAACUGUGCAAGGAGCUGAGGACUCUGGAGAAGCGACUGUUGAGCAGCUCUAGUAAGGAUAAGGAUUUCAAAAUCAAAAGUCAAUCAUCGCCCAACAAAACCCUAAAGAAGCACACUAGUUCCACAAGAAAGCCCUUGAAGCUGACUUUGCCCAAACCGAUAAUGCAUAUGACUCCAAACGGCGACUUCAUUGAAGAGAAAAUCUAUUCGGAAAAAUUCUACAUAGACAACAAAGAUGGCGGCUACCAAGACAGGUAUUUGCAGAACGUGGAGUACUCGAAUGGGUUGCCAGAUGUCAAGUAUUUAGUCGAAGGCAAAGAGAUGGUGUUGCCAGAGAAAUAUGCAUAUCAGAAUUACGAAGAGGUUCAGAAUUACUCUGAGGCUAAUGGUUACGUGGAGAGGAGCGAUAAAAAAGUUUUGAAGAUUAAAAUGAACAACUCGCCGUCGUCAUCCCGAGACGAGGCUCCACCCCCCUACCCUCUUCCGGAACAUUCCAUUCUAAAGUCCCACCUUAUCCGAGCAGAGCCGCCAGGCCUGAAGCCGAUAAAUCAGUGGACGAUAUCCAAGAAGGACAUCGGGGACUACCACGAGGAGCAGAUACUGUUCACCAACGAGAACGUGCAGGCCAACGUGCGCGUCGACCCGCAGGACGUCGGCUACGGCGCGGGGAUGUACUCAGCUGAGGACAUGCAGCCGGAGUACCAAUACCCUGAGACGGCCAAGCCGGGCUCGUUCCAGGACUACGCGUUCAGGCCGCAGCACGUGUCCUACUCCGUGCCGAACUACCAGCGGUUCGCGGACGGGCCCGCCGCGCAGGAUCAGAAUUACAAUGAAGUUACGGUGCAAGACACGCUGAACGGGUCGUACCAACAAAACCAGCUACCCUCAUACGACGUGGCGAUAGCGCAACAGUACGGAACCAGUAAUUAUGUGGUGGAAGAGCAGAAGACGGCCGCGCCGGCGCCGGUGCGUCGCUCCGAGCGGCCGGUCCGGCGCCGCGUGUCCAACACGUACGACUACGAGGACUGCGACCUGUACAUCGACGAGACGCCGGCCCCGCGCCGGAGGAAGCCCUCCGGCAAGAACAAGACGCACUACAAACAGAGCCCCGCAAGUGUCCCGUCCAACAACAACUACAGGCAGGCCGCCAUACCGGCGCCGGCCAACGGUAUCGAGUCGCUGAUACAGGCUUCGGUGCUGGCUGAAGAAGAGGAACAACCGGUUGACGCUACGGAGGACGUGGCGGUGGCCGGCAUGCUGAGUAUAAGCGAACAGCGCUACACGGCUCCCCGGACCUUCGGGCUGGCGGCGCAUCGGGACCUCGCGCCCUCCACCUCGGCGCAGGACAGCAGUAGCAGUACACCGAGUGGCAGUAAAAGAACGCGGAAACCGGCUCCCAGCGCCGGCCAUUCCGACGAGGACGUAGCCGAGGAACAAGACAUCAUCAAGGAGGUGCAUCGAGACGAAGAGUACGUGUAUCCAUCGUUAGAAAUGAGUUCGGAUGAGGAAGACGACUGGGCGCUGUCGCGGCGGCGGCGAACCUCCAGGAAGGUCGAUAAGACCAAGGGCGAUAAGGACGAGGCGUGGUCGCCGCGCGCCCGCCUGGGCCGGCUGGUGCCGCGGCUGCGCGGUCCCGCGCGCGCCGGCGUGCGCCGCGAGUGCGUGCGCGCCGCGCUGCACCACGCCGCCGCGCGGGACGACCUCGUGCAGAACGCGAAGCGCGCCGUACUGGCGACCAAGAGCAGACGGCCGCCGCCGCCCGCGCACGCCGCGCCCAGCAACAAGAAUAUAAGACUGAAAAAAGGCAUGAAAACCGCCAAACAACGGUUAGGAAAAAUCCUAAAAAUACACAAAAUGAUAUAUUAAUUAUAUUUUAAUAUUUAAACGAUUUUUUUUAUCAGAUUACUGUUGGAUUCACAGAACUAAUAAUGCAGUCAUUACGUACGUAAAAUACGUAAUAUUGAUAACUGAAGAUCUACCAUGCCAUUUAGUAAAUAUGUAAAAUUCCAAAACGUAACAAGUCUUUAAUACAGAGCAAUGGAAAUAUAAUAUAAAUUUUAGUGUAAUAACGGUGCAAAUUCGCGUAGAUGCGAAUUUCAGACUUGUUACCUUUUGGAAUCGAGGCAUUGUCGAUUGUCAGUCUCUAUAGUCGCUGCGGCUACUGAGGAUUCUAAUUUUGAAACUGGAUUAUAUAGUCUUAUUAAUCACAUGUAAUUAUCUGUGUAUCUCUGUUCCGCAUUUAUAAAUUUUAACGUGUCAGAGCGGGACAGCAGAUCCAUCGAUGAUCUGUGAAUCGGAACGGUAAUUUGAUUUUUAAAAAAAACAAUUAAAAAAAAGAACAUUAAUGUGUGUGCGUGUUUAAUUGUAAAUUUUUUAUAAAUGUAUGUAUGUAUGUAUAGAUGUUAUUGCACGGACCAAUGUGUGUGUUUAAAGCGAUUUUUUAUUUUUGAACGAACUGCGCCGAUGGAACUAUUGUGGAGUUAGAUCCUCUUUUGGGGUGUGGUGUGACGUGAUAAAUGUGUUAGCUGAUGAUGAUGAUGUGAAUCUUCUUAUAUGACGAGCUCUUGCUACGAUUUUCGAUUUUAAUUCCCGAUACUUUAACUAUCUCUAUCCUUUACGCCGGCUUAACCCGCGCGGGUAGGUACCACCACCCCCCUAUUUCUGCCGUGAAGCAGUAAUGCGUUUCGGUUUGGAGGUUCACAUUUUACAUACAAUUUACUGAAACUCGUAUGCGGGAAAGGGACAGAGCAUCCAACUUAAAUGUCUUAGAAUCUCUCACCCCGAUUUGAAUCAAUUCUAAAUAUAAGAGAUCCUUUACAAUAUUUCCAUCGUGCGCAUUCAAAACCCGACCUUAUUGCAAGCCUUAUCAGUGUAUAGACAAACCUUUAGAUGUGUAGGUUAUAAAAAGAUGUAUUUUGUAAUAUAGUCUAAACUUGUAUGAAAGCAGUAAAUUUUUUUUUUUUUUUUAAAUCGAUUUUGUAAUGCAUAUUUUCUCUUGACAUUGUUUUUUUUUUUUUUAUAAGAUUGAUGAUGUUGUUUGUUUUUUUUUUUUUUUUUUAUAUACUUGUAAUGAAUUGUUCCCGCAAGCAAAACAUUGUAUGAUCUGAUUCGUUCUAUUAUUAUUUAGUGUUAUAAGAGAUCUGUUAGCGACCGGAGGGGGUUCUGCAGUAUCACGUGACGUCAUCAAAAACAGAUCAAUUUUUUUUUUGUAAAAUUUGUUGAGCAAAGGAUUUUUAUGGGGUGGUAUAUAUUGAGAUGUGAAAGGUAUCUGAAUUAUGGACAUUUUCCUUAAUACGCGACAUUUAUCUUUGUAAUUCAGAGAUGCUGAAUAAGGUUUUUUGUUAUGAUUUUUUUUUUUCAAUUUUUUUAAACUAAAUGGCUCUCGGGUAAAGUUGAGAAAUGUCACUUAAACCAAAUAGCGUUUCACUCCUCGUUAUAUGAGAGUAUAGUAAACGGAAAUCACUGCUCAUAUGUUCUACUUCUAUAGAUGUGAGGGAGUCCGUAUAUAGUCCCAUCUUUAUUUCGCGUGAAAAUCGUGUUUCUGGAUCACUCGUCAUUAACACCACAAUUGAAACAAUAGGAGUUUUAUUGUUGCAGCGGCCUACACAGUUUCAACUUAUACACGUGGUAGGACCUCUUGUGAGUCCGCGCGGGUAGGUACCACCGCCCCGCCUGUUUCUGCCGUGAAGCAGUAAUGCGUUUAGGCUUGAAGGGUGGGGCAGCCGUUGUAACUAUACUGAGAUCUUAGAACUUAUAUCUCAAGGUGGGUGGCGCAUUUACGUUGUAGAUGUCUAUGGGCUCCAGUAACCUCUUAAUACCAGGUGGGCUGUGAGCUCGUCCACCUUUCUAAGCAAAUAAAAAGUUUUUUUUUGGUCUUAUGUAUUUUCGGCGGUAAAAAAAUCUCGUGUAACAGACCAUCUUUUCUCCACCUCUCGUGCGUUCUUAAACGCCACAGAUGUUUAUAUAGGCGACUAGAUGUACCCGUCCGCUUCGCUGGGCAUCCAAAAUUAACAUUAUUAUUUCUCGCCCCCACAAUGAUUCUCGUCAUUAACGCCCCCGCAACUGGUGUAGGGAGUCCAACGCUCAUAUAAAUAUCAGCCUAUCCAUUAAGUACAUGUAUUCUCUACAUGAAUAGCAAGUUUCAAGUCAAUCGGAUGCAUGGUUCAGUAGUUAUAACGGAACAUCCGUAAAAACCACUGUAGAUUUAUAUAUUAGUAUAGAUAGUUGCCUCAAUUGAAACCCGUGGUCGUCGCGUUUUUAACAGUUUUAUCUUUUUGAAUCAUCUUAAUCAUCACAUUUGGUUUUGGAUAAACAGGAGAUCGAUGGUUUUAGAGCAGCGGUCGGGGAACCGGGGUAAAUUACCACAAAUGGGGUAAAAUAAAAUUUUUGGGGGGUAAAAAUGAAACUUUAGUCAGUAAAAAGUAUAUAUUGAAGUGAAACUUCUUUAGAAUCGUUGUGAUUUCAAACCCGAUGAAACGAAAUGAUAUGAUAUGAAAAAAUUAUAUUUUUUUUUAAAUUAUCAUGGCGGCUAUAAUAUGAAAGAUGCUAAAAAGAAACGAUUUCGUUUUUUUUUGUUCUUCGCCACGGUGUAAUAUCAACUUACACAAAAAUAUUUUGGGGUAACAAUUAAAAAAGUUCCCCGACCGCUGUUUUAGAGAUUUGUGCCGUCAUGGGUAUGAGCAACAGUUUUGGGUGUACUCUGCUGUGAAGUCGAGCUGGUGUCCUCGCGUCUCGAGGUUUGUAGUGGCGCUCGCUGAUGUCCACGGGCUCUUGUAGCUGCCCCCGCCCCGCUGACCUCACCCCGUAGUGUGAAGUUAGCUCGGCGGCGUUUCACUGUCGAAAAUAAAGUUUUCUUUUUGCAACGCUCAUUGAUCGUUGUUUUGAAAAAAAAAACAAAAGACAUAAUAUUUUCACAAAAAGUAAUUUGUUAUUCGUGACCCACCUGUUGUGAGAAAAUGUACGUAUGAGAAAACUUGAAAUCUGUUAUAAAAGAAAGGUUUUUAAAUAAUUGCAGUGUAUUUUGUUGUUAGUGUCGUUUUUUUUGUUGCCCUAUUGUUGUCCCUGUCUCUUCCAAGCUUAGAGGGAAGCUUGUCACGCUUUUUGAGAUGCUGGGAGCUUAGUGUCACACAAUAUUGAUUCUUUAGUGAUAAGAAAGAUGUAAGUGACUUUUUUAAAUUGAUUUGCGUGAGUGCUUGUGUGCGUUACGUUCGCGCCUUUUCUUCGGAAAGAUUCUAGAAAUUUCUAGAGAAAGAGAGAGUCUAAAGAAAACAAACUAGUGCUCGGGAAUGGCAGUUGUCGUGUUACGUAAUAUGAAUUGGUUUCGGGAAUGUUCUCGGUUGACAGACCAUUAACACUAUGGAUGUUGUAGGCAGUGAAAGUCUUAAAGCAAGUCUGCUCAACCAAACACACUUCGAAUGUUCCGCCCAAGGAAAACAACAAUAGAAACAUACCAGUUUUUGCUUAGUGUGUUUAGUUUUUAACGUUCUCGAUUGCGUAAAAGUUAACUCAUUUUUUUUGUUUUUUUCUACCUAAGCUGAGAGCCUUGAGAGGCUAUUUCAGCGUAACCUUUACUAGUAGGUGAGCUCACGGGGCUCAAACCUGACGACGUUGCUAACACGAACCCUAGCAAGAGCCGUGCUUGGCAGAAUCUACCACCGGAUCGGAAACGCGACCCACUGAGAAGAUCCGACGAGAAACUCAGUGGGUUGUGUCUGUGGGUUAAUCUACUCGUCGAGGCCUUCGUCGCAAGCGAUGGGUUCGACGGGAACGAUGAUCGGUGCUUGAGGUAUCUAAAAGCACCGUUAGUGGAUCGGGAGGUUCCGAAAUGACGUGUUUGGGGCGACGUCGACUGCUUUCCUAUCUCGCAGGAACGGGAAUGUCAAAUUUGUAUGCAUUCGGAACAGCACCCCUAACGGCAAACGUAGGUAAAAGUUCCAACUCCAUACAAAUGCAACUUUUACGUUAUCGAGAACUUUAACACCGAAGUUACUUUGAUUGUAACAAUUAUGGUAGUUUUCCAAUGACAGCACAAGAGCGCAUUAUGCGGCAUAAUGCUCAACGUUGAAUGUUCCAACUACAGCAACGCUUCGCAGAAUCGAGCACUCUCAAAAGUACUGCUCUCGCGUGAUACUCGCAAUCGAUACCGACUCAGUGACAGAAAAUUGACAAGUGUUUUUUCUUUAAGUUAGCAUUGAUCGAAAUUUUGUUUAUAUUAUCGUUGGUAAUAUUAUUUAAUGUUGAAAAAAAAUGUAAGGUUUUCGUUUCGUCGUAGUUUCUUAGAAAUAAUCAAUGUUAAUUAAAACUGUGCUAACUUAGCGCACUCUGCUGAUGCAUUUGAAAACUAAUUCACGUUCCAAUUAAGCUUCAACAUAAAUCGGCAUUCUGCGUCACUGAGUCGCAUUAUGCUCUGUAAUGCUCUGUAAUUGGAAAACUUGGAAAACUACUUAUAUUAUGCAUUUGGUAUUAAUUAGAUUUUUAUUUGAAGAUGCGUGUUAUUUCGUUACAAAAUCAAUAUGAUUUAUGUGGUGCAAGUAGCCAGCUCUAUUAUCGUUUUAAUGAUCAACAUUACAUUAUAUCGAAUUUUAAUAGCGCAAGGUUUAUUUCAAUUUGUACAGUCAGGGGCCCGCCAAAAUGUCGUAUGUCUUAUUUCAAAAAGCCUUAAACUACACCCCAAUUUUUUUUUUAUAUUUUUGCGGGUAGGUGAUACGUGAUAAUACGUGUCAGUUAUGAGGGUAUAAGAAAAAUACUAAAGCUCUCGAACAUAAUUAUAUAUGACUAGCGACCCGCCCUCGCUUCGCUUCGGAAACAUUAAAACACACGAAACCAAAAAAAAAAUAAAAAAUAAAAUAAAAAAGUAGCCUAUGUUCAUCAGGGACAAUCUCGGCUUCUAAUGGAAAAAGAAUUUUUCAAAUCGGUCCAGUAGUUUCGGAGCCUAUUCGAAACAAACAAACAAAUCUUUCCUCUUUAUAAUAUUAGUAUAGAUUCAGCCAUUUAAGAGAUUCGUCGGAACAAAUAUCAAAUGAAAUAUAUUAAAAGUUCGGCAUAUAUUUUCGAUUGAUCACUCGUAAAUGUAAUGCAGGAGAAAAUUGAUAAUUUGAUGCCGUCGCACAGUUUUUUUUUUCUUUCUGCAUUUAAUACGUAUAGUCGUUUCAUGAUGAUGCCUAUACAAGCUUGGACUUUUUUUUUUGCGUAGGAUGGAUAGCAAAUUUGGAAGAAGUACGUCUUACUGUGUAAUUAUUUCAAUGGUGUAAAAUAUAGGCCUCAGUUUUUUGGAUAAUCAAGCAGAUAUCUUUUAAAUGGUCACAAUACACAUUUCCUUCAUGGCACUCUUAAAAUUAGUCGUUAAUAUAUGAAACGUGGAAAGAUAUAAAUAUUUCUCACUUCACAGACACAGGGUGUGGUUUUUUAAACUGUAAAUGUUUUCAAUCUGCUAUAGUUUGUUUCACAAAAUAGAUGUUAAGGUUUUUAAUGUGUACAAAUGCGCCGGUGUAUACUCUUUUUAUAUAGUUAAAUUAAUAAUGAUCCUUUUGCCUGCCAUGUAGGUCACCGGUGCCCUACGCGGCGCACUGAAGUAAUUAUAUUGACUAGUGGUCCCUUGGUAGUCGAAAUUCGACUAUAAUUAAUUAAAAUUAUAACUUUGUACACUGAUAUGAUUCUAUUGUCAAAGACUAUUCUAUACUAAUACUUCUAUAAUCACAGAUUUCGCCAAGACUACACUAUAUACUAAUAUUAAUAAAGACAAACAAUAUCUAAUCUAUUCUCAAUUUGACCACAGACUUUAAGCAAUAAGAAAAGUUUGGCAAUAAACAAAUAGUAUGCAUGCGUGUGUGUGUCAAAUACAUGGUAGUGUAUGUAAUGUUUUUUUUUAUUAUUUAAAGUAUUUUUUAAGCAUAAUUAAAACAAAUAUUAACAUUCUGCAUUCCUUCUUUAUAUUCUCUAUAAGUGUGGGAAAGUUCAGACGUCCGCGCAAUUUUCCUAAAAAGGCGUACAAAGUUUUUGCUUCACGUAUUAAUAUAUAGAUUUCUCUCAUCGUUCUUACUAAGGCGACAAAAUAUCUACGAGUAUAGUAGAUUCUGGGGAAGCCGAAUCCGAAGAUGGUUAGAAUGAAUCUAUUUCUAAGAGAUCUAAAAUACUAAAAUAUAAAUUAAGAACAAAAGAAACAAAACAAAGUUAGAUAAUCCAAGCGCUUAGUAACAGAAAUCGAUAUAAUUACUUCAAUGCGCCGCGUAGGGCACCGGUGACCUACACGGCGGUCAAAAGGUAAGAGAGUAGUUUCAUAGUGAAACGCUAUAAUUGUGUGAAAAUAUGUCAUGAUUUUCAAUUUGCAAUACUAUUAUUACGAAACUUAAUCUUCUAUCGAAUUAACAUUUUAAUUUGAUCGUAUUAAAUAUAACGAGUGAAGUGCGUCUUCUGAAUGAGUUUCUCAUUAAAUAUUUUUAAGCUAUUGCAUAGCUUUUAUCGCGGGCUUUGAGCGCGGCGACCGAAUCAAGAAAUUCCGUAACGAAAAUAAAACCUAACACCCCCCACUCUGCUUACCAUGUAGAUCGCGUUCAACACAUUCACAAGUUGCGCUUGUGCAGUGUUUGUUAAUAAGCGCGCGGCGUGACGUCGCACUGCAUGCGCAUCAUGAAAAAUCUGCCUAUCUCUCUCUCGCGCGGUCUGGUUUAUGAGUGUGAAGGGGAUAGUUAAUGUUUUGCUUUUGUUAAUGUUUAUAAAUAUGGCGUGGUCUUAUUAUAUUAUUGUGUUAAUAUUAAAUUAUUAUUGUCUAUAUAUAAUUGCAUAAGUUGGUAAAAAAUGCUAUGCAAUAGCUUUACCGCGGCAGUCCUCGAGUGCCACACGUGUUUUUUUUUAAUUCUAAAACAAAAUUCGCAAUAAUACGCAUAAUACUAAUUUAUAUAAUAAUAUAACAGAAAUAUAAAGAAACAGUUGUAAGGAAUUCGUCCAAAAAUCAUUUAAAUUUAGCCUGGUAAUGGUUAUUUAGCGUGUUAGGAUUACUUAUUGUCUUUCAUGUUUGUUUAUGACCUUAUCAAGUGAAAUACAUAUUUGUAGAAUACCAAAGGAUAUUAUAAACAAUAUGUUCUCUUAACAGAUUUUGUAAAUUUUAAGUUUCAUAGCGUUCAUGUCGGUUAAGGCCAUAGGUUUCGGUUAUGCUUUGGUAAUUUGCGAUAAGUCCAUGGUUCACGGCGCGCCCAAGGAAUUUGUCGAACAGACUCGCGUACCUGAUAUAUCCGCAUUUGAAAUUAUUUCUAAAUCAAUAUAAUAAUUACUAUGUACCCGAAUUUGUUGAUUAAUGAAAUAUUAGAAUUUUAACAUUAUUUCUUUUCAUAGCUUCGAAAUGUGAUAGAGGCUAAUGUCAACGCCAAAAUCAGAUGUGCGCGUUACGGCCGCCGCUAAAUAUUUGCCUUCGGGUUCCAUUUAGGGCUGAACUUCUUUUCAUAUCGACGCUUGAAAGGCAAAUAUGACUAAGCGACAAUAACUACUUUGUACAUUAAUAAUAGGCAAUAACCAUAUUCGAUGGGCAAAAAAAUAUAUUUCUAGGUCUAUUAAAAUCAUUUCAAUCCUACAGCUACUAGCUAGAUUCAUUAAAAUAAAUUUUGUUUUCAAAUAUUUCAACUUUAAAUUAGUCUACUGUAAAGUUCACGCAUUGUCGCUUAGUCACGUUUGCCUUUCAAGCGUCGAUAUAUUUUGCUAAAAGAUUUUUUGAAAAAGAAAGAGUACCUUAUUAAUUAAGUGUGUACACAGAAUCAUAAUUCAGUCAAUGCUAAAUUCAAAGCAAAAUAGUUUUAAAUGGUUAUUUAUAAAUGUUAUUAAAUUAUUAAAAACGUUAUGCUUGAGCGCGCUAAGACACUUCUAAUCGAACUGCGCAAUAGUCUGUAUUCUGACGCUCCGCACUUUAUAUGCAAAAAUAAACAGUCGAUCUAUCGACGCUUCGCGCUCAAUGGAUUAAAACUACUUCUUCAGUUUAAUCUCGCGUUUAUUGUUAAUAUAUCAUAUAAUAUUAUCUCCAACGUCCCGAAUACUUUAUAUAUUCCGUUGUCUAACAGACGACAAAUGUGGUGUUUAGUUUUGGUUAAUAAUAAUAACUUAUCAUUGAUAAGUUAUUGGUCUUGAUGCUAUAUUGUACUUUAAGACUAUGAAUAUAGUACUAUAUGUUUGUAGCGUGUUUCUUGUUACUCCACUUUAAGUUGAGAAACUUUUUCAUAGAAGAUUAUCUUAUAAACCAAUACGGUAUUCUUUGAAGUUGAUUUUGUCUGAUUGCACGAUCUUAUAUCAGUGUAGGCGUUGAUGACGUUGCCAAACAUUUAUAAUUAACGAUAUAUUUUGACGUCACAUUUUUAUUGUAAUGAACAUGGGAAAUUGAAUGAACAGUAUUUAAAUUUAAGCUUCACGAAACUCUCCCUCGUUGAUAGAUAUAUGAUAUCGUGCUGUCUUAUAUUUUGUUGAAGAGAAAUAUAUAUAUACGUGGAUGUACAUAUUUGAAUUGUUUGUCAGUAUAGAACACGAAUGGAACUUGUGAUUGACAGCGGGAGCGUUACGUCAGAUAUGUCAGUGUCAAAGAUGACAGUUUAUUGAUUAAUUGUCGUUUCGAUAGUAGAAUAUAGGAGAUACUGACAUGUAUAUAAUUAUAUUUUUUUCAAAGGAUUUUUUAAUGGAAAUCUCAGAGUAUACAAAUGGAAAUGUUUUAAUGAUUAUGAUGUGUUAUGUAUAAUUAUGUAUGUGUAUGUAAAUUCGUGAUAAACGAAUGAGUUUAAAAACACGUAUCAUGAAUUUA